CUUCCACUUUCAUGUAUCUUUCUGCCGUCCAUACGACUGAAAGGAAAGUCAAUGGAGCUAGUUUUCGGGCUUUUUGGGGUUGUGCACGCCAACCGUUCGAGGAAAUUACCCACUGGGAUUUUUGCUUAAUGCACUUGCAGUUCUAUGGCAUUGAGGCGGCUUUUGGGGUGGUCUGAUGGUGAGUUGAUGAGAUCAGAUUCAAAGCCUUGUUCGCGAUUGAUGAGACAAACAGCUGCCAUUUGCACUGUGGGCGGAGGCUUGGGGUUCUGGGUUCUCUGUAGAAUGCACUAUGGUGCAAGGAUCACAGUACCCAGGAGUCUCCGGUGGGCAGCUUGCGGAGCUCUAUCAGUGAGCUCAACUUCUGCGCUGCUGGUCCGCCUGUUCAGUCCAGAAUGUGAACCACAAAAUAUUGCUGCUUAUGACAAAGGAAGAUAGUAGUAGUAUUCAAUUAGAGCUGUAUUUCUUCUUUCAUAUAGUGACUCAUGAGCCCAUCUUAUAGUCAUGUACUUUCUUUCUGACUAGUGGAGUGAUGUUAAUUUUCAAGUCUGUAUUAUCGAGUCUGCAUGAUGAAUGUUCCUUUUGUACUAAGAUGGGCAUAUUUUUGGGUUGAUAAACAGCCUAAAGUAUGUUACACACUAACAUCAGGGUUUCCAAGAUAGGCAUAUAA